AGAGGGAGAGACUGCAAUAUCAUUUGUGAAUCCCUCUCACAGUGCUGCAGAUAGGGGCUGCCAACACAUGCGGCGCGUCUGCAGGUGAGGGAACAGGCUGAAUGUGCUGGACACACACUGAGGAAUUCAUCCGACGUUUCCUGAUUCAAGAAAAAAAACAAACUGCGGAUAUACAUUUUUGUGAAUCCCUUUCUUUUUUCUGUCUUCUUUGCUUUGCGCUGUGGAGUUGCACACAAAAUAAAAGCGGAGAGCAGAGAAGUAUGCGUGCUGGCUGCAAGUGACUUGGAGGAAGAGCAGCCGGACAGGUAAUUUGCUUCAUAUUCACAUCCUCAGAGAUCGGAGAGUUGACAGGCUCCGCGCAGGCAACACUCUCACCGAGUUUGGAGGGUGGAAAAAACUGCGCGGGUAUUUAAAUGAUCCUGUGUGGACGCUGGGAUUUUUGCAGCCUCACCCCAAAAAAAGAGAGGAGAUUGUAGCCACAAACUGUGAGUAAAACGGCGGGAUAUGGACUGAAUUCACUUUCUGGUGAUGUGAUGCUCGGACUAUAAUUUUUGGCUUUUACGCGCAUGAUAUUGAGAGAUUCGCGGGAGCGCACGGAGCCUCUGUCUGGUGAGUGUUUUUUGAUAUCAUUGCGGUGUUUUUAUUUUUGAUACUAAAAGAAGGAAAGAGCAACUAACACCCAGAGCUGGAGGAGGAAAAGCAGAGAGCAGACGAGAAGCCCGUGCACUUGCUGCUUUGCACUGCAGCAGGAGCGAUGUAGGAAGUCGUCCGGAGGAUGAAGUCUCACGCAUCCCGCAGCAGAGGGCUUUGCUCUUUAUGAACACAUUUUUUUAACCUCCAUAUCUGGACUCUCUAUUGGUGAUUAUUAUUUUUUUUAUUCUCUGGACAUUUUUUUCACACCUAAGUGGACAUUUUUUUGCAUUGGAGAACAAUGAGGACUACUGGUGCAGUGGACUAUUUGUACUAUUGCAUGCUCAUCCUGCAGCUUGUGCAUCAGCCCGCUGCCAAGCAAGUGCUCCGGUACCGUUUGGCCGAGGAGGGACCCGCCGAUGUCAGAGUCGGGAACGUAGCCGGCGACCUGGGCAUCGUCGCCGGCUCAGGCGAGGUGACAUUCACGCUGGAGUCGGGCUCUGAUUUUUUCAAAAUAGACAACAUCACAGGUGAGCUCACCACCAACGAGAGGCGCAUAGACCGUGAAAAAUUACAGCAGUGCCAAAUGAUCUUUGAUGAGAACGAGUGCUUUAUAGAUUUUGAAGUGUCAGUGAUUGGACCGGCCCAGAGCUGGGUCGACCUCUUUGAGGGGAAAGUCAUCAUAUUAGAUAUAAACGAUAACACCCCGUCUUUCCCUUCCCCUGUCCUGACACUGUCUGUGGAGGAAAACAGACCCAUUGGAACCCUUUAUCUGCUGCCCACAGCCACAGACAGAGAUUUUGGCAGAAAUGGAAUAGAGAGAUACGAGCUUAUCCAGGACAAUGGGGAGAACUCAAGGCGCUUGGGCUCUUCUGGGGAUUCAUUCUCUGGGAAGAGGAGAUUUGAGGAAGGCGCGAGCAGGAGCAGCGUCUUUGAACUGCAAGUUGCUGACACUACUGAUGGCGAGAAGCAGCCUCAACUCAUCAUUAAAGGGGCCCUUGAUAGGGAACAGAGAGACUCCUAUGAGCUCACGCUGCGUGUCAGGGAUGGAGGAGAUCCCCCUCGCUCCUCGCAGGCCAUUCUGAGGGUGAUGAUCACCGAUGUGAAUGACAACAACCCUCGCUUUGAGAAGAGCGUGUAUGAAGCUGACCUGCCGGAGAACAGCUCCCCUGGUGCCCCCAUACUGCAGCUCAAAGCGGCUGAUGCAGACGUGGGGGUUAACGGUCAAAUAGAGUAUGUGUUCGGGGCAGCCACGGAGUCAGUGAGGAGGCUGCUGAGGUUGGAUGAGAACACAGGGUGGCUGAGUGUGUUGCACCGCAUCGACCGUGAAGAAGUGAGCCAACUGAGGUUCACGGUAAUGGCCCGUGACCGAGGCCAGCCGCCCAAAAUGGACAAGGCCACUGUGGUGCUGAACAUCAAGGAUGAGAACGACAAUGUCCCUGCGAUAGAGAUACGGAAAAUCGGGCGCAUUUUCUUGAAAGAUGGCAUCGCCAACGUGGCUGAGGACGUGGUGGUGGACACACCCAUCGCCUUGGUUCAGGUGUCAGACCGAGACCAGGGGGAGAACGGCAUUGUGACCUGCACUGUUGUCGGGGAUGUUCCCUUUCAGCUGAAACCAGCCAGUGAGAUGGAGGGUGAGCAGAAUAAAAAGAAAUACUUCCUGCACACGUCUGCACCGCUGGACUACGAGGCCACACAGGAAUACAAUGUGGUCAUAGUGGCUGUGGACUCUGGGAGCCCCAGCCUCGCAAGUAAUAACUCUCUUAUCGUCAAAGUGGGCGACACUAACGACAACCCUCCUAUCUUCAGCCAGAAUGUAGUAGAGGUGUCGUUCCCUGAAAACAAUGCCCCUGGCGAGAGGGUGACAACAGUGGCGGCCAUCGACGCAGAUAGUGGGAAGAAUGCUGAAAUCGCCUACUCCCUGGACUCGUCGGUAAAUGGGAUUUUCUCUAUCGAUGCAGACAGUGGAGACAUCCGAGUAAACACCAUUCUGGAUAGAGAGCAAACGGAGCGCUACGAAUUCAAAGUGAUAGCCAAAGAUAAGGGCAUAAACACUCUACAGGGCUCUGCGACAGUGGUCGUCCUCGUGGCUGACAAGAAUGACAACGAGCCAAAGUUCAUGCAGGAUGUGUUCACCUUCUACGUCAAAGAGAACCUCGAACCAAACAGCCCAGUCGGCAUGGUCACGGUCAUAGACGCAGAUAAGGGCCAAAAUGCAGAGAUGAGCCUUUUUAUUGAGGAAGAGGAGGAUAUCUUUUCAAUUGAGAACGACACUGGGACUAUUUUCUCCACCCUGUCGUUUGACAGAGAGCAGAAAACUACCUACACCUUCCGUGUCAAAGCUGUGGACGGUGGCGACCCCCCCAGAUCUGCCACCGCCACAGUUUCACUCUUUGUCAUGGAUGAGAACGACAACGCACCCACUGUCACUUUCCCGAUAAACAGCUCCUACACCCUCCUCCCUCCCUCCAGCAACAUCAGAACAGUAGUCAGGACUGUCAUAGCAACUGAUACAGACACUGGCAUCAACGCCGACUUGAACUACAGCAUCAUUGGGGGGAACCCCUUCAAGCUGUUUGAGAUUGACGGGGGCACUGGGGUCAUUUCGCUGGUGGGGAAGCUGGAGCAGAAGCACUACGGCCUCCACAGGCUGGUCGUCCAGGUGAACGACAGUGGCCAGCCUUCUCAGAGCACCACCACGCUCGUGCACGUGUACGUCAACGAGACUCUUUCCAACUCAACAGUUGUGGAGGCCCAGGUGGCAAAGAGCCUGAGCACGUCCCUGAACACCAACAUCGCCGGCGACCCCAACUAUGACCUAAGCAAACAGCGGCUGAGCAUCGUAAUCGGAGUCGUUUCAGGCAUCAUGACAGUCAUUCUUAUUAUUCUAGUUGUGGUCAUGGCUCGUUAUUGCCGCCCCAAGAAUAAGAACGGCUACGAGGCCGGCAAGAAGGACCACGAGGACUUCUUCACGCCACAGCAGCACGACAAGUCCAAGAAGCCCAAGAAAGACAAGAAGAAACAGAAGUCCAAACAGCCGCUCUACAGCAGCAUCGUCACCGUGGAGGCCUCCAAACCCAACGGGCAGCGCUACGACGGCGUCAACGAGAAGCUCUCGGACAGCCCCGGCAUGGGCCGCUACCGUUCGGUCAACGGAGGGCCGGGGAGCCCAGAUCUGGCCCGGCACUACAAGUCCAGCUCCCCGCUCCCUACUGUCCAGCUUCACCCGCAAUCGCCGACGGCUGGGAAAAAGCACCAGGCGGUUCAGGACCUGCCCCCUGCCAACACCUUUGUUGGCACCGGAGAUAACAUUUCCCUUGGAUCUGACCACUGCUCCGAAUACAGCAGUCAAACUAUCAACAAGUACAACAAACAGGUUCAUCCCAGCCGACAGUGGACAGAGACAGACAACCAUUCACGCUCACAUUCACACCCACGGACAAUUACGAGUCACCAGUUUACCUGCAUGUCUUUGGACUGUGGGAGGAAGCCGGAGUACCUGGAGAAACCCCACUCUCCGUUUCGCCGAGUGACCUUCUCUGUGGUGAGCCAGCCCCAGGACCCUCACCAGCAGGGAUCGCUGCAGAGCUGCUACGACAGCGGCCUGGACGAGUCGGAGACGCCCAGCAGCAAGAGUUCGUCGGGCCCCCGGCUGGGCGCCCUUCCCCUGCCCGAGGACAGCUACGAGAGGACAACGCCGGAUGGCAGUGUCGGUGAGGCAGAGCACAUGGAAAAUGACUCCCGGCCCUUGCCUGACGUAGCCAUGACUGGCAAGUGCACCCGGGAAUGCGACGAGUACGGCCACUCGGACUCCUGCUGGAUGCCUGUGCGCACGUCGCCUGAGCGACGGCCAUCCAAGUCAACCACCACCCCCCAACAACCAAAGCUUUCCACUUUCAUGAGCGGCAACGGCAGCGGCAGCAGCAGCGCCGAGCAGCCCGGCAGCCAAGAGACCCUCGCCAUGGCCGCCAUGGCCAACGGAGACCCCACCGCCGCUCACAUGAUGGGCGACCGCAACCGCAACCUGCUCAACAAGAAGAUGGCUUCCUCCUCCUCCUCCUACGAGGCCUUCGGCUCGCCUUCCUACGGCUCGCCGGGAAGCGGGGAGGAGGCGCUGGGCCACCCCACCGAGGAGAUCCCUCUGGCGCCCACUGGGGAGUACAAGCCCACGUCCUGUGGUACUCUGACGCGGCGGGAGGUGUACCUGUGAGCUGGGAGUGUUUGACACACCCGCUGUGCCACCACACAUGGCAUUAAAGUACAACACUAAGCGUAGCUGCUUACCCACCACCGUUACAGCUCUAGAAGCUUUUACCCUUGUUCGGCAAGGUAGGACUAAACUUUCUCCAAAGACUUUUACAACAGCUCCUUAACGAGACGUGGAUAUAUAAACACAGUUUUUAAAGUGCUAACUCCGGCCAUGACCUGGGAGAAAGGAGGAGGAGGAGGAGGAACUGUUGAGGGGCUUUGUUGGGACUUGGGAUGAGGCUGUUUUACUGGCGAGUCGGGCUCUUGGGACAUGAUCUGCUGCUUGACAGUCAAUCUGUACAAUAAUCAUUUUACAUAUACAGUACGUGCAUGCAUUACCCUCCCCCGCCCCAUGAAGGUCCUUGAAGAUGUACAAAAGAGACAAUUUCUUUUUUUUCUGUUUGUGUUUUUUCUAGAAACAAAGCUGUACAUGUGGACUAUUUUGACUUUUGAGUGUGUCUGGUUUGCCUUUUUUUUUUUUUUUUUUUUUAAAUAUCAGAACACUGCUCCGGCCACAACGUUCAGUGGCUGCAGCGAUAUAUCGGACGCAAUGGUCUCUUGCAUACUGAGCUGUCUUAUGGAAUCCGUCACCUUGACUGUUUGUGACCAAAACUUAACUGUGUUUGAAUCUUAAAAAGGACUGGAAGCUUUAAAUACCCAGACAACACUUGUGUCAGUCCUCUCCUGUCACGGAGACUCUCGGGACGGACGUCGGAGCCAAUGGAAUUUGCUGCAACUGUUUCGGACUAUUACUUCGCCGCUGGGUUUUGACGAACUCACCGUGACUGAUUCUAACCUACCAGUGUGAAAAGUCACUCACUGUACAUAAACAUUGGACCACGGCAACAACGCUAACCGCUCUCAUUCCCCCCCCUUUUGUCUUGCUACCUUCCCCUCAGUCUCUCGUUUGUUGUCUUUGAUUGGCGAGACCAAAACCCCUCUGACGAGAUGCAAAUUUCUUAGAGCCAUGAUCCAUCGCCGCAUCGGCUGGAGACGCAUGCGUGUACACCGUAUUCGGGUCACCUCGGUGGGAUGCUACUGUUUAUAUCAAGUACCCUGUUUUUUCCGCAACCCACGUAUGCAGACACACAUACACAGAAGCAGAUUUAACUGAGGCCAGUGGCACCGCCGGACUGAUACCUGGGUAAGCACAGUGUGUGGCAUGCCGAGAUCAACCCUACGGAGGUACAGCUGAAGUUGUAUGUGUGUAUGGGCCCGAUAUGCAGUAUAUAGUGUGUGUGUGUAGGCUAUAUUUAGUGUAUACUGUAGAUGUACACCGAUAAUAGGCGUAGGAGGGCGUAGACAUGGCCGAGCUGAUCCUGAAACAGCUGCAAGGACAGCUUUUUACUGUUAUUUCUUUCUUGUUGUGUGAUAGACUGAGCAAUAAAUAUCAUAAUGUACACGUGACCAACUUCUUUUUCACUUUCUCCUCAAGCCUUCAAGGUGACAUUAACCACCCCCCCCCCCCCCCCCCCCCCACACACACACACACACACGUGGCCGUCCUUGUAGGAGUCCUUUUAUAGCACUAGUAGAUGUUGCUUUCCAUAACAGUGAUGGCAUCUUUGAGCACGAAUGUAAGAAUCAGCUCAAUGGAGAACAAUCAAAAAUGUCUGUAACGCGCAGAUACCGGGAGGGGUUUCUUUUUUUGUUGUUGUUUUUUGGUGAAACCAAAGCUUCGCAAACAGGAUGAAGCCCCCCCCCCCCCCCCCCCCCCCGACAUUAAGACACAAAAAUAGCUUUUCAUUUUGGGAGAACUUUGCUUUAAGUACGCAUCACAUGAAGGAUUUUUAUCACGAAGGAUUGAGAUACGACAACCCCCCCCCCACACACACACACACACAGACACAUGACAAUGUUGAGAUGUUGUGCCUCCCCUCCCCUGCCGCCCCCCCCCCAAGUCCACAGUGGUGUUUCUUUUACUCGCAGCUACAGAGGCGCAAAAUCUCACGAGUGUAAUAAAAGCAAAAGAAUAUCAGAUGCAAUGGAACUUUUUUUGUAUGUUAGCAAAACCCCUUUGGUUUGACCGGAGCUGCUUUUUUCUCGCAACCCGGCGAUCUAUAGUCUGUAAGUACUACUCGUCGUUCGAAGGAAAGUGCUCUCCUAUACUUAUCAACUGUAUACAUAAAUAUUUACUUUCUACUGCACGUUUAAUGGGAACUUAACUUCACUUACUGAGAAGGAAGAAGAAAAAAAAACUGUAAAACAAAAUGUACAAAAAAAUGUUUUCCCUGUAAACAUGGAAAAACCCACCUUGUUGCUUGCUUUUGUUAUACCUAAAGAAACAUGUAGUACAACUUAGUACAUCAGUUAAGACCAUUUAUUUUUAUUUUUUCAUACUUAAAUUUCAUCAUAUAUCACCACACAAACUUUCAUAUGUUUCUAUCUUUUUUUUUCUUUUAAACGUCAUCUUUGUAUUUUGCUUUGUAACCCCAUACGUUUAUUUGUCACUUUUAACAGUCUCAAACCGUGGAAAUGAUCAUGACAAUGUACUAUGUGUUUAACUUUUUUCCUUUAUCUGGUGCCACUUUGUAUAUUUAGAGUGCUUCUGAAAAAAGAAAACAAACAAACAAAAAAAACUAAAAAAAAAAAAAAAAAAUACUAGAGUGAAUGCAAAUAUGCAAUUGUGCCUUUUUAUACCAAUUGGUAUGAUUAAAUGUUGGUUUGGAAUGGUGCAUAAAUAAAUUACGUCGAGAUGCUCACUAAACGUAGAUGGGGUGGCAUUUAAGAACGGACUGAAAAAUACAUUUGCAUAUCUUAGAUGAAAUCCCAUGAUGUCAAAAAGGCUUCUCGGAGGACAACCAGUCAGACGUCGGUGAGCCUGUGCGUCUACAAACGCUCGCUGAUGUUGUUGAAAAUGAUCCAUUCCUAGCAUAGUGCAUUACCCGAAUGAGUACAGGUACAUUCAAAAGUUGCUUGUUGGUAGUAAUAAUAAUGAUAUAAUGGAUUUUUUUGUCGUGUUCCACUCAUGUACAUGUAUGACAUCAGAGGUCAAGUAACCUUCUUUGUGCAUGAAACAAGCUCUAGGACUGAAUAUAGAAGCAUAGAGAGAUAGAGAGGCGGGUAGGGCGGGUAGGGGGGGGGUUGAAGGAAAAAAAAAUUUGCUUGGAGACAUUUGACUGCUCGGAGUUGAGGAAGCCUAGAGAUAAAAAUGCUAAUGUGACGGUUUACUAGGAGGAGUGGAAGUAGGGUGAAAAAAAGCUGCAGGGGGAGAGUAGCUGACAGAACACACACCUCGGGAUGUGCCGAGCAACACAACACUCAUGCACGGAUUUACAGUAUAUGCAUAUCAGUAGGUGAUGAAACCCUGUCCUACAAAUAAGCGCGGUAUGAUGUUUGCGGUGAUACUACGAGGUGAUGCUUUGAAUUCCUAGAUCAGAUGGGAACAAAGACGCUGCGGCGUGAACCCCAGACAGAAAGAGGGAAGACAUGAAAGGAAAAAAAAAAAACGCCAUACAUUGGCAACUAUUGAAAACAGCGAACACUUUCUGAGCACUGUUCUUUCCUGGUACUCACUGCUGCUGCUACAGAAACCUGGAUUCUUCUUUUGUUUUUUAUACAGAAUUCAUGAUGCCAUCAAAAACUGUCUGUAUCUUGCUGCCCGAGGUGUGUGUUCUCUGUGCUCUCCUCUACUCGUAUAGCCUUCACAGUGUGUAAUGAGAUUUGUAAUAUUAACCAUUACUAUUUGUCCUGCGACUUGGAUGUUGAUAUAGAAAUUUGAGGAACAAAUUUAUCAUCGUUUAAUAUGAGUCACUAUGCACGCAGCUUAGCUGAACAUGGCAAAGUGUAUUGAACGCAAGUCCACUUCUAUUUAUGAGAUAUUUUACAUAAUUUAAUUUGCUUUUGUACAGGUUUGUGUAAAUAAAUUGCUUGUCAUUUUUGUCUCUGCAGAAAUUAAAAUAUAACA